AUGCAGUUGUUCAUUGGCUGUUCACUUCUUCUGGAUUUGUUCCUGAAAUAUUUUUUGACUCCUUAUUUUGCAUUCUGGAAAAUAGAUCUUCCUCUGGGUGACAAAGAGCCUAUCAAAGUCUGGCUGUAUCAUUUGAUGGGGAUAUGGACAUUUUAUAUGGGCAAGAUUUUUGAGAAAUUAGGCAUCUGCACUCAAAUCCAGUACAUAAGAUUUAUUCUUAAUUUGCAACCACCUGUGAAGGACUCAAAGCUCUUCAUUACAGAUUCAAAGUUUGAACACAUACCAGUAAGGAUUUACCAGCCAAAAAAGCUAAAUACUGGGCUGAAAAAAGGAGUGCUCUACCUACAUGGGGGAUGUGGCAUCUUUGGAUCCAGCAAAACUUAUGAACGACUAUGCUGCCAUCUUGCUCGAGAAAGUGAUUCAGUGGUUGUAUAUGUAGAGUAUCGUUUAGGUCCAGAGCACCAACAUCCCACCCAGUUAUCAGACUGCUUAGCCGCCACUCUUUAUUUUAUGAAACACGCCAAAGACUACGGAGUAGAUCCAAAUUGCAUUCUCCUUGCUGGGGAGAGCAGUGGAGGAACACUGACUGCUGCUGUUUCUCGAGAACUGGCAAAGAAAGGGAACCAGCCAAAGAUCCGAGCACAGAUUUUGAUAUAUCCUUUCUUGCAGAUAUUGGACCUACUGCUGCCAUCCCAUCUUCAAAACCGUUAUGGUCCUUUUUUAACCAGGAAGCGGGUGUUAAACCUUGGUUUAAAAUAUGUAAAGGGAGAAGGUGUACACCUAGAAAAUCUUGCAAGGAAUGCCCAUGUUCCUGAAGAAAUGAAGCUGAAAUUCAAGAAAUGGAUUAGUGCAGAUCUUAUCCCCGAAGAAUUUAAAGCCCGAGGUUAUGAACCCCCACCACCAGCUCCGUUUUCUAAAGAACUGUAUGAAAUAACCAAACUGAAUGAUGAGACGAUGCUGUCACCAAUUCUCGACGAGGAUGUCAUUAUAAAACAACUUCCUGAGACAUACGUUUUGACCUGUGAAUAUGACAUAUUACGGGACGAUGGACUGCUCUAUAAAAAACGACUAGAGGACAAUGCUGUGCCUGUGACUUGGAAACAUCUAAAAGAUGGAGUCCAUGGAUUUAUAACAUUAAUUGACACCGGGUUUUUUGAAUUUUCAUAUACAAAACCAGUAGUUGAAGACAUAGUUUCCUUUAUUAAAAGGAUAUAA